CCCUCUAAACCUCAACCUCCCGCUCCUCCUCCUCCUCCUCCUGCGCCACCUUUCCCUCUCGCCGGUGAUGCACGGUUCUUAACGUCGACGACCUACAGGUAUCAGACAGCCAUCGCGGCAAAGCCGGCCAUGGCGCCCUCGUUCCUCAAAGAGUUGCGCAGACGAUCAAGAGCGAGCUUCCGCACCGAAACCUCGACCGACUCCUCGAGUGAAGAGAGCCACGGCACAGCCCCUACAACGGGUUCUAUCACGCCUCCCUCGCUCAGCCAGACCUCCGACUCUGCAUCGAAUUUCCCUUUCAAGGACUCUGCAACCACUCCGCCCAAUGCUGCCGUGCGACCCCUUCCCCAGCCUGUCCCCAACAGCAAUUCGAAGCGUCACAGCGUGAACGGCAUGGCCGGUCUUGGCUCGCCUGCGUCCAGCGGCAGGAUACCCUCCCUCCCUGUCUCGCAGUUCUCGCCGCGCAUCGCCAAUGUUCAAGAUGGCUCUUGGGUCUAUCAAAAAGUCCUGCUGGUGCAUGGCACCAUUGGCGACCCGACCCUCCAGUCCCUCGACGGCAACUUGACUGUGAGCCGUCUCGACGAUGGCUUCCCUCCGACCAGCUGGCCGGUCUCGCAGUCGCACUUCAAGGCUCUUGUCUACAUGAUGCCUGGCCCCAACAGAGUUCGAUUUGAUUUCUCCAGCCCCAAGCUGGCCAACAGCGGAACCUCGAAUCCCAUACACACCUCGUAUCUCACCAUCCAUAUGCUUCCACCCACAAACGCGCCCCCGCUCCAACUUGCCAUUCUCAUGGCGAAGGACUCCCCUGGGACCUUCGACGCCGUGCCUGCGCGGAUCGAACGGGAAGGGAACGGGCUCGAAACGGCGGUUCGGAAGUUCCGCAUGGCAGCCUACCUAUGGCAGGCGUUCACCGCGGAGCAGAUGUGGCGAAACAAGCUCGGUCGCCGGACUUUCCAUUUCGAAGAGGAGUGGACCCAGGGCACGUCCAACUAUCGUGACCGAGAGUGCGGCCAGAUGCGAUCUGAAGCACGCAUACACAUUGUCAGGACCGACAAGACUGUCGCCGAGCUGCGGGAUCUCAACCGCGCCCAGCAGAACCCCAAGGCGACAGACAAGGAUGCCUUGUAUGGGAUUGCGCUCGACGCUCUGAGGAACUAUUUCCAGCCAAAAGCGGGCCAGCAGCUCCAUGUCUCGGUUUUGAUUCUGGAUGCGCACUGGGACAAGGCCUCCAAAACCAUCACGGCUCACGCUGCCCUCGGGGGCGGUGCUGGCGAUUUGCACGUGGGCAUCUUUGGCUCGCACUGCUUGCAGAGCUACCCGACCAGCUUCGAGGAGGUGGUUCCUGCACUAACCGACUGCACGCCUACCGAUCUGAACUUUGUCGGGAACGACUGCAACGAUGCCGGCAGCUCCUGGGAGGCCUGCAAUAUCGGCAUCGGCGCCCACCUGCACGAGACGGGACACGCGUUGGGCCUGCCCCAUCGUGAGAGCGGGGUGAUGCUGAGGGACUAUGUCACGUUCAAUCGUACGUUCCUCGCACGCGAGGCAUACUCGACGAGAACGAGGUCGAAAGGAGGUCUGGUCCUCCAGAACGAUGAGUGCACGUGGCAUCGGCUCGACUGCCUGCAUUUCCGGAGUCACCCGUGCUUCCGCCUGCCCAACGACCCGCCGAUGAACCCCGACGAUAGUGUUCAGGCCUGGCCGGUCGACAGUGGCAAAGUUGCGAUCACGGCAGCGACGGGCGUCGCCUAUCUCGAGAUAUUCGGCGAAGGCGACGACGUAUGCCGCAGCUGGAUCGAGUUUGGCCCGGAGAACGGCGUGAUCGAGCGGCAGAUUAUCCUGACCGACCAGGACCUCCGGAAUCGCUUGCCGGAAGAGAAGCGGAAGGGGAGGGUCAAGGUCUGCAUCAAGUCGGUCGGCGGCGGAAAUCUCGACAUCGACGACUUUCGGCAGCUCUCGUCCAAGGGCUCGUCGUUGAAGCUGGGAAAUGCGCUGCUUGGGAAGACAGCGUAUAGGAGCUGCAAGUUUGGUCUAUCUCAGAUGGAGGGCAGUCAACCGCAAGAGGUCAUCUUCACUAGUGCCCUGCGACAGGACAGGGUUCUCUCCCGGAUCAUCUUCUACCACGGAUUUGCCAUGGACGGGAUGGAGUUUGUGUACGAUGACGACUCGCGGCAGCUAUUCGGAAAGCGGGGAGGAAAGGCCGGAGGCGAUUCAUUUGAAAUGGAUAUUCGCCGCGGAGAGUACAUUAGUGGCUUCUAUAUCCGGUCCGGAUUCUGGAUCGACGGGAUCCAGGUCCUGACCAGCCUUGGCAGGAAGUCUCCUGUAUAUGGCAAUGCUCAUGGUGGUUCUGCAGGUUACACCAUCUGUGCCCCCCAACUUUUGUCGUCGUUCCUCCAUGACGGCAUCACAUGCGGCUUUUCCCAGAUCCCUGUUCCAAGAAUUGAUGCCCAGAAGCUUGACUUACUUGACCUCUUUUUCCUUCGUCUGAACUGCAUGCCCCGUGCACAAACCAUUAGCUUGGAGCAGCGCCUGGACCGACCACCAAAAACUUGGCAUUACUUCACCGACAGAACAACUGGAGCUCUUCCCUGUUCUCUGCCCCUCCCCCAAAUCUCUCUCCAAGCCCGCGGCAGUUCAAACAACGGUGCAUCACCACCCCAACGGUCACUUCACACGAGGAACCACGUACGAGCACGCGCGCGCGCAAAAGAAAACCCCCCUCUUGAGCACAUAGCACCUAUUUGCAGUUUCGACGGUAGCUGUGGUGAUCGCUUCUCGAGCUCGGACAAGGAACAAUACUUUCUCGCAACCAGUGCUACUUCUCGAGAGAGAGAGCGAGAGACUUUGCAGGCGAGAAAGAAACUCUGGAGAGCUACUCUCUACCUGCGUGACGACAUCCUGCGACGACUACCUCCCGGGCCCGCCGAAAACCACCUCAUCCCUUCUCUUCUCCCCUUCGAGGGCCUCAACCCACCACCGCAAACCAGACAACCAUGUCGAAACGGACGAGCGCGGCUGCUCAGAGCAACGGCGCGGUCUCGGGCGCCGAGAGCAGCUCGAACCAGCCUGCUCCUCCUCUCCUCUGACGCCGGACACCUCUCCCUCAUGCGCGCCCUGCACAUGGCCGAUUACAUCACCGAGCUGAACGGCUUCUGCGGCGUCAUGUCCAUCUUCUCCUCCCUCCGGUACUGCCUCGGCGACCCGGCCGCCAGGGGCAACAUCUACCUCGCCCUCGGCUUCCUGCCCCUCGGCCUCUUCUUCGACUUUAUGGACGGCAAGGUGGCGCGCUGGCGCGGCAAGAGCAGCAUGAUGGGCCAGGAGCUCGACUCCCUCGCCGACCUGCAAGAACGACAAGUGGAACUCUCAUCCAACGUCCCAAACCCCUUGCAGAUCUCCUUCGGCGUCUCCCCCGCCGUCGUCGCCUUCUCCAUCGGCUGCCGCACGGCCGCCGACCACGUCCUGCUCGCCUUCUUUGUGCUCUGCGGCCUGACGCGCCUCGCGCGCUUCAACGUGACGGCCUCGGUCAUCCCCAAGGACCGCUCCGGCAAGGCCUCGUACUUUGAGGGCACGCCCAUCCCCACGAGCCUCGGCCUCGACGCCCUCAUGGCCUACUGGGUCUCGCGCGGCUGGACCCACGAGGCCCUCCCCGGGGGCACCUGGCUCGCCGGCUCGGCGCUCGAGGUCCACCCCGUCGUGCUGCUCUUUGUGCUGCACGGCUUCCUCAUGACGAGCAAGAGCAUCCACAUCCCCAAGCCUUGA